AACAAGCUGUUCCCUUGACAACAUAUUGAAUUUACUUUAUUAUUGUUGUCGUUCUAGGUUUACAAGCCGGCGAAAACCCGUAUGAAAAUUUAAUGAAAGAUGUUAAAGCAAAUUUUCUCAAUCUUGGGUUACGAAGCCGUAGCGAAGGUAUGUAUAUAGCAAUUUACUGUAUUUACCAAGUCUUAAUAGAAAUGUCUUUGUUUAUCACCUCGCUCUGGCGUUAUCAUAUAAACUGGCUUUUAAUGGGACUCGAAUGUUACAUUAGAUGCUUUUCGUUUAAAGAAAAGUGUUAUGUACUCUUAAAUGUUUUUUUUUUGUUUACAUUUUGUUAUAAAUAAUAAUAAUAAUAAAAUCAAACCACCCGACCGCUUUUUAUAACGUGAUUUCCAAUAACUUCAUUUUUAGUGUUGCCACCACCAAUUGAUCUGUUGUUUGUAGUCGAUGAAUCAGCAUGCAUUGGAAAGCUGGAUUAUGUUAUGUCGAUGAGGUUGUUAAAGAAAUUCCUCGACUUUUUCAGUGUUUCACCAGGAACAACUCGAGUGGGGCUAAUCACUUUCAGCAGUCAAGUUAAAACACAUUUUACGUUUGAUACGUACACUAACAGAAUAGGAAUACAGUUGUCAAUACUCAAAGCAAGCACAUCUUAUGCAGGAAAUAGUUCUGCAUUUCUCGGAAAAGCUUUAGCAAGAGCAGAAGAACUAUUUCUUAGCAACUCUACCUUUACGCGUCCAAACACAAAAAGAGUUUUAGUGGCAGUAACCAAUGGGGUGGUAGGAAACGAUGCUGAUCGCGUGCUUCUAAACUCAGUAGUAGAUAGAUUGGAAACUCAUAAUGUUAAGAGGUUUGUAUUCAGUAACGGAAAGACAGUACAUGGGGACAACAUUGAUAAAAUUAAAUCUUCCAGUGGAAACAACAAUCAGCAAUAUCAUUUCGCCUUUGAAUCUUAUGAAGCAUGGAAGUGGGUGAAUAAUCUUUUGCCAGCUGCUUAUUACUUAUAUUGUAAUGGUUCUAGCUCAAGUUCUUGGCAUGACGUAUGUCAUCGCCGAUGUCAAUGUGUCAACGGUCACAUUGUACAUUGCCAGCGUGUACGAGAAGAAGCCAAUUCAAUGACGGUGAAAGACAGAACAAGAUUUAUUGAUACGUACAUUAAACUAACAAGCGAUCCAGCCUACAGAGUGCGAUACGAGAACUUUAUCAACAUCCAUUCCAGGUUGGUGCCAGUGUUAUUUUUUUCUCGGUGGGUGUUUCAGUGCAGAAAGGAAAAAAGAUAUUUUGUUAAUUUUAAAACAAGGCAUUUCUUUGAUGGAAUUCACGAGGCUUCACAAUUCUUUCCAUGGCAUCGCUGGUUCAUACUUAUUUUGGAAAACAUGUUAAAAGAAAUCGACUGCCGUGUCACAGUACCAUAUUGGGAUUGGAGCUUGAUGUCACAUGACCCUUUUAAUCCAAUGUAUUUGUUUGGAAAUAGACCUGAUGGAUUGGGAGGACGAUCUGAUAGUAUAACGAACUGUGUUAUGAAUGGCAAGUUUGGUCAACUUGGGGGCUGGAGAAUACCAAAUGGAGAAUGUUUGCGCAGAGAUUUAAGAGGACGUACUCCUAAUGCACAUAUUGUCCAAAGCUUACUGGCUUCUGAUGCUCCAUUCCCCGAUUUCGAAAUUUUUGUCAGAGUAAAUAUGCACGACACUGUUCACUGUUUGAUCGGAGGCACAAUGUGCAGCUUCCAAUCUGCUACAGUUCCAGAAUUCUUCAUGCAUCAUGGCAUGGUGGACAAGAUUUGGUGGCUUAGACAACAGCAAAGUCAAAUAAAUUUCGAUGGCAUCUAUCGACCAGUGGGUAGGAUGUCAGCUACACCAUAUACAGCUGCUGAAUUCCUAAAUAAUACAGCUCUGCCAGGACAUAUAUCAGUAACAUACGAUGAUCCAAGUGUUAACAACGCAAGAGCGAUCAUGAAGUUCCUUAAGAAUCAAACAGUAGACGCAUUGCUGAAAAUCCGACAAGCGGAGUUUGCUAUACUGGAUUAUGAUGCAAUGGAAAGAUUCAAAGUGAAGCCUCAUGAAAGAAAAAUGGCGGAGAUGUUUAAAAAUCAAACAAUGGAUGCCAUACGCGCAAAUCCAGUGAAUAGAGUAUUGCAAGGAGUGGAAAUGAUGAUGGGUAUCGAAUUACCAACAGCACUCAAUGUUAUGACUGCCCCUACGUCAUUAACAAACGAGUGAUUUAAUGUAGAAUAUUCCCUUGUGGAUACGCCACUGAACUCAAAAUGUUUUUAAAGGGGACCUAAUCAGUCACAUUGUAUCUACUUUGCUUAUUUAUAAUUUGUCAAUAACACAUUAAAAGUGAAAAAAAAAAAAAAAAAAAAAAAAGUUUUUUGUUUCUAGAUUUAUGUGGUAUCGCUAUAUAUUGAGAAAUUACAGUGAUCCUUUCACAGAUUUAGGUGGUGGUAAGUAAAACUUCAGUCCUGUUUAAAAUAUUACUGAACAAUACAUCCUCAUCCCCAGGGUAUUGUGGU